AUGAUGGUCGUGUCGUCCUUCCUGCCAGCGUUCCUGGAGCUCUCGCCGAUUCGCCAGUUCCAGGUCGCGUGGUGCAGCCUCAUCGCCAUCAGCUUGAUGGUGGACUUCCCGAGGCAGCUGAAGUUCUACCGCUGGUUUUCGGGCUCCGGACUGGAGAUGGCUGGCUUCCGGGGCUACGGGCAGACCGCCGGAAAGUUCUUCGGCGUGUUGCCAGCUCCGAGGCUGUCGGUGGCGUGCAUGGCCCUGAGCGGCGUCGGCCUCGUCGCGUCGCUCGUGCUCGCCUCCACGGAUGUCCUGGCCGAUCCCAGGCCGCUGCUGGCGGUGGCGCUGCUCUGCUACCACUGCUACGUGCCUCAGCUCUACUGUGAGAUCCACAUGGUUGCUCACAACACUUGCCUCAUUCCUCCGGCUCUGCUGGUCCUCCUGCUGAGCCCAGACUUGGCGGAGCCGCGUGCGGCACAGGGCGCGGCGGCGGCGGCGCAGCAGUGGCCUCUGUUCCUCUUGCGGCUUGUGAUCACCAGCGCCUACUGCAGCGCUGCCUUGUGCAAGAUAUGGGCAGGCAUGGCCCGAGGAGUGAGCUGGCUCAGUGGGGCGACUAUGCAGGCGUGCGUAUUUGAGGCGAUCAUGGGCAUCAACCUGCCACUGAACGCCCACAUGACGUUCUGUAUUCCAACGCCUUACGCGCGCGUCGUCCAACGCUGGCUCUUUAGCAAGCCCUUCCUCCUUGGGCUGAUGUCCAUCUAUGGCGUCUUGAUUGAGCUCGUUGCCCCAGUGGUGCUGCUGGUCCCAGCGUUGAACAUACCUUUCGCGUUGGCCGGUCUAGGCCUUCAUUACGGCAUUGCGUAUUGCCAGAACAUCGACUUUUUGCCGUGGUGGGGGCCUUACUACGCAUGCUUCUUCUUUGGGGACCAGAUCGUCGCAGCCGACAUCCUGGGUGUGGGUCGUGCCUACGCGCAGGCGAAUCCGAUAUGCUUUGGCCUUGGAGUGGCUUACGCGACUGUGCACAUAGCGGCAAUGGUGGUUCACCGUUAUUUCCCCGGUCUCGAUAUCCUACCUUUGUCAAGUUUCCCAAUGUUCAGCACGCCAAAGAACCUCUGGGAUGGGUCCUUCACUCACUGGGCCUGGCUCACGGAGAAGGAGCACCAGCCAGGCACUCUCAUGAACUUCGCCUUCCCAAUGCACGGCCGCAAGCACUACGUGCUGCCAUCGGAGUUGGACAGCCUCCCCUUCAAGUACCUCCUCUUCGGGGAUCCGCGGGCUCCUGGAGCACACAAGGACCUGGCGCCCGAGCUGACCGUCUACACCAACGUGGUUCUCACCGAGGCUCUCACCAGGGGCAUCGGCGAGAUGUUCGACGAGUGGCACACGGCCCAGACUGCUACAAAGACCCCGCCCGGGCAGCCCGAAUGCUUGCCCUCGUCGACGAAGCCAAGGUGGCGUUCCGCGACGCGCCACGGCGCACUCCGUGCGAGGAGACUGGGGCCAAGGCCGUGA